GGUGCGCCGCGAGGGCCGCCGGGAAGGGUCUCCCUGGCGAUCCGAGGUGUGCUGCCGCCGCUGCUGCCGCCGCCGCCGCCGCCGCCGCCGCCGCCGAACCGGUGCUGCGGGGACGCCCGUGGUCCUGCCGUCUCCCUCGGGCUCCCCGGGGCUCGACCCCCGGGGCCCUCGGCAGGCGUCGGCGAAGAGCCUGCGGGGCGGUCCCGUGCUCCCACACGCGCCCUCCGCGACCCCACAUCGCGACUCCGACGAGGGGGAGCGAGAGGAGCUGUCGCGACUCCGCGCCGUGUGUCGCCGGGCGGGGCCGCGGGGCCGGGGCUCCUCCAGCCCCCGGGAUGCGCGCGCGAGCCCUCGCCUCCACUUCCUUGUUGCCGCUGUCACGACCGGAGCCGCCUCUCGCCGGCAGCGGGGAGCGCGAGCGCGCCGGCCAGCCCCCUCGUCCAGCCCCCGGGCCGGGCGCGUCCGGGAAUGUGAGCCGCGCGGCUCGCACGCUCCUCCGGCCAUGGAUGCAUCAUAUGAUGGUACUGAGGUAACUGUCGUGAUGGAGGAAAUUGAGGAAGCCUACUGUUAUACCUCCCCUGGGCCACCCAAGAAGAAGAAAAAGUAUAAAAUACAUGGAGAAAAGGCCAAGAAACCCAGGUCGGCUUACCUUCUAUACUAUUACGACAUCUACUUGAAAGUGCAGCAGGAACUCCCCCACCUCCCUCAGUCUGAGAUCAAUAAGAAGAUUAGUGAAAGUUGGAGGCUCCUCAGCGUGGCGGAAAGGAGUUAUUACCUGGAGAAAGCCAAACUAGAGAAAGAAGGUUUGGAUCCUAACUCCAAGCUCUCUGCACUGACUGCUGUUGUUCCGGACAUCCCAGGUUUCCGCAAGAUCCUCCCCCGCUCAGAUUAUAUCAUCAUCCCCAAGAGCAGCCUGCAGGAGGACCGCAACUGCCCUCAGCUAGAGCUUUGUGUGGCCCAGAACCAGAUGUCCCCUAAAGGACCAUCGCUUGUGUCCAACACUGCCCCGGAGGCAGUGCCCAGCCAUGCGGGCAUGGCAGAGCAGUGCCUGGCUGUGGAGGCCCUAGCUGAGGAGGCGGGAGCCCUUGCCCAGCCGGGUGUUGUACAAGAGAUCACCACCUCAGAGAUCCUCAGCCAGGAUGUGCUCCUGGAGGAGGCUUCCCUGGAGGUAGGGGAGAGCCACCAACCAUACCAGACAAGCCUGGUAAUUGAAGAGACCUUAGUGAAUGGCUCACCAGACCUCCCCUCUGGAAGCCUGGCUGUGCCCCACCCCCAGGUUGGGGAGAGCAUGUCAGUGGUAACUGUCAUGAGGGAUUCCAGUGAGAGUAGCUCCUCUGUGCCAGCCACACAGUUCAUCAUGUUGCCUCUUCCUGCCUACUCAGUUGUGGAGAACCCCACCUCCAUCAAACUGACCACUACGUACACCCGCCGGGGCCAUGGGACAUGCACCAGCCCAGGUUGCUCCUUUACAUAUGUUACCAGGCACAAACCACCUAAGUGCCCUACCUGUGGUAACUUCCUAGGAGGGAAGUGGAUCCCAAAGGAAAAGCCAUCCAAAGUCAAAGUGGAAUUGGCUCCUGGUAUCUCCUCCAAAGGUUCGGUGGUUAAAAGAAAUCAUCAGCCUGUCAACACUGAGCAAAAUUCCCCAAAGGAAAAUGCCUCCAAACUGACUCUGGAGAACUCGGAAGCUGUAAGCCAGCUCCUAAGUGUAGCUCCUCCAAGAGAAGUGGGUGAGGAGAAUGAGUGGGAGGAAGUGAUCAUCUCAGAUGCCCAUGUUUUGGUCAAGGAAGCUCCUCGGAAUCGUGGUACAACAGCCAUGAAGACGUCGGUGGUCAAGAGUGGUGUGCAGCCUGAGGUCUCUCUGGGGACAACUGAGAACGAUAGUCCUGGACCAGACUUACCACCACCAGCUGAGAGGACUAGCACUUCCAGUCCUCUCCCUGCUCCUAAGAAGCCUACAGGAGUUGAGCUGCUCACUCCCGGGGCCAGAGCCCCAGAGCUUAAAGGCAAAGCUCGGGGCAAGCCCUCAUUACUAGCUGCAGCACGACCCAUGAGAGCAAUUCUCCCAGCCCCAUCUAACGUGGGCCGAGGCAGCAGCAUGGGACUGCCCAGGGCCAGGCAGGCCUUCCCCUUGAGUGAUAAAACCCCCUCUGUGAGGACUUGUGGCCUGAAGCCAAGCACGCUGAAGCAGCUGGGCCAGCCGCUCCAACAGCCAUCUAACACCAGUGAGGUGAAGCUACCAAAUGGCCCAGCCAGUAGGACGUCUCAGGUGAAAGUUGUAGAGGUCAAGCCUGAUAUGUUUCCUCCAUACAAGUACAGCUGCACUGUAACACUGGAUUUGGGCCUGGCUACUUCAAGAGGCCGGGGAAAAUGCAAGAAUCCCUCUUGUAACUAUGUCUACACCAACAGACAUAAGCCGAGGAUUUGUCCCAGCUGCGGUUUUAACCUUGCCAAAGACCGGACUGAAAAAACCACCAAGGCUCUCGAGGUCAGCUCCCCCCUCCCAGAUGUGCUGAGUGCCACAGAGCCGCUGAGCCUGGCCCAAAGGGAGAUCCAGCGCCAGUCCACGCUGCAGCUGCUGCGCAAAGUCCUGCAGAUUCCUGAGAACGAGUCAGAGCUGGCCGAGGUCUUCGCCCUGAUUCACGAACUCAACAGCUCUCGACUCAUUCUGUCCAACGUGAGUGAGGAGACAGUCACCAUCGAGCAAACGUCUUGGUCGAAUUAUUAUGAGUCUCCAUCCACGCAGUGCCUACUCUGUAGCAGCCCAUUAUUCAAAGGGGGACAAAACUCCCUGGCUGGGCCGCAGGAGUGCUGGCUGCUGACAGCCAGCCGGCUGCAGGUGGUGACUGCCCAGGUGAAGGUGUGUCUGAAUCCUCAUUGUCUGGCCCUGCACAGUUUCAUGGACAUCUAUACAGGUCUCUUUAAUGUGGGGAACAAGCUACUAGUGAGCUUGGACUUGCUUUUUGCAAUCCGGAACCAGAUCAAGCUGGGAGAGGACCCCAGGGUGUCCAUCAGUGCUGUUCUGAAGUCGGUGCAGGAACAGACAGGUACAGAAAAGACUCUGACUUCAGACGAGCUGAGCCAGCUGCAGGAGCUGCUGUGCAAUGGCUACUGGGCUUUCGAGUGCCUCACUGUCCGAGACUAUAAUGACAUGAUCUGUGGCAUCUGUGGUAUUGCCCCCAAAGUGGAAAUGGCCCAGAGGAAUGAAGAAAACGUGUUGGCACUGAAGAGUGUGGAAUUCACCUGGCCCGAGUUCUUGGGCCCCAGUGAGGUAAACGUGGAGGACUUUUGGGCCACGAUGGAGACAGAGGUGAUUGAGCAGGUGGCCUUCCCUGCCAGCAUCCCUAUCACCAAGUUUGAUGCCUCUGUUAUUGCCCCCUUCUUCCCACCACUCAUGAGAGGCGCUGUGGUCGUCAACACCGAGAAGGACAAAAACCUGGAUGUGCAGCCGGUACCUGGCCAUGGUAGUGCCCUGGUGAGGCUGCUCCACGAGGGCACUUGCAAGCUCGAGGAGAUCGGCUCCUACAGUGAGGAGGAGCUCCAGCACCUGCUGAGGCAGUGUGGCAUCCCCUUUGGGACAGAGGACUCCAAGGAACAGCUCUGCUUCUCCUUGUUGGCUCUCUAUGAAUCUGUACAGAAUGGAACCAGAGCUAGACAGCCCCCACCUCAUCUCACAGGGGGUAAAAUCUACAAGGUGUGCCCCCAUCAGGUGAUCUGUGGCUCCAAGUAUCUUGUGCGAGGUGAGAGUGCCCGUGACCACGUGGAUCUGCUUGUCUCUUCCCGCCAUUGGCCACCUGUCUACGUGGUAGACAUGGCCACACCAGUGGCCCUAUGUGCUGACCUCUGCUACCCCGAGCUGACCAACCAAAUGUGGGGGAGGAACCAGGGCUGUUUCUCUAGCCCCGCAGAGCCACCUGUGAGCGUAUCCUGCCCGGAACUCUUGGACCAGCAUUAUACCGUGGACAUGAUGGAGGCUGAGCACUCUGUCCAGCACCCAGUCACCAAGACUGCCACACGUCACAUCGUCCACCUAGACACACAGCCCAGUCCUGGUGACCCCAGCACUGGGCACCACUCUUCAGCCCUGUGCCCUGAGUUGGCACCCUAUGCGACCAUCCUGGCCUCCAUAGCAGACAGCAAACCAAACAGUGUCCGCCAGCGGCCCAUUGCCUUUGACAAUGCCACCCACUAUUACCUCUACAACCGCCUCAUGGACUUCCUCACCAGCCGUGAAAUUGUCAACCGGCAGAUCCAUGAUAUUGUGCAGAGCUGCCAGCCUGGCGAGGUGGUCAUCCGAGAUACCCUCUACCGCCUUGGGGUUGCUCAGAUCAAGACAGAGGCAGAGGAGGAGGGUGAGGAAGAAGAGGUGGCCGCAGUGACAGUAUAAGCUGGGCUCUUGCACAGGGACUGCACCGUCUCAAGCCAUAGUGAGGCCCUUGCCCAAGGCAGAUCCAUCCAGGGGACUGACAGGAAUGUUCACCUUUGGGGAGGCCUCUGAUGCUGGGACUGACCAAAGAGCUUCCAUUUCCUGAGCACGGUGGGGCCUGGGGUCCGUGGUUCUCAACCUUCUGGGGGUCAGGAGAAGCACCAGGACACUCCUUACGAGCCCUGAGAGAGCACUUGGGGGACAUCGUAUGCUCAGCAGAGAGGAAGGGAGGGCUGAGGGAGUGCUGGUAGCUGGUGGCUUCCCUGGAGCCUCCUGUGGGUCAGGGUGGAGAACCUGGGGUAGGCUAAGGCGGAGUCCAGCGCUAGGUGGGGAGGCUGCUGCGGUCUCUCUUGCCACCCCUGGGGAAUGUUCUUUCUAGCCCCUGCAGCCACAUGACUUCCUUAGCCUGUUGCCUUUGACUUGGGGCCUUGGGGGCCUCAUUAACUCUAGGGGUCCCUUUGGGCUCUUGAUUUUCCCAGAGGAGGGAUGCAUUUUCCUCCUCCUCUUCCUCCACCCAAGUUUAAGGGAAGCUGAGGAGGGAGAAACAGCCACAGCUGUCUUCCAGGACUGUCUUCUCUGCUCUGAGCUUUGAGGAAGAGGAUCCCCUUCCUCCUUUCCCUGGCCACUGCUGCUGCAUCCUACAUCCUUUCUGGGCCCUGGACCCUCACCUCAGAGGGGAUGUGGCCCGUUGGCAUGACAUAACCUGGCGGCAGUAGGAAAAAGUCCCUUCUGUGAAGGGGAAGCAGACUGGGCCAUAAGGAAACAGCGGGACUGGCUCAAGUGCCUAAGGUUUGCUUAGGGCACGGGAAUUGGCCGUGUGUUAUUUAAUUUAUUGAGAGGAGUGGAGUAGGUGGCUUUUUUCCCCUCCUUCUUCCCCUGCCAAGAAUAAAAUUUAUUAAAUUA